UAUUUUGAAAGGUUCUGGCGGAAGCUUUGCAGUGAGAGGGUUCGUUUGUUUCACGCAGGCCAGCACUCCGUGUGGAGGGGAUUAUGUGGGAACUCUGACAACUCCAAGCCAGCGAGCAGGGUCCGGUUGACAGACAACAUCCACUUUUAACUCCAGACACACCAUACCAUGCAAUUUAUCGAAAAGUCCUCUGAUGUACCAAACUUCAAGUGAUCUUCUUUUCACCACAUCAAAUGAUGACACCGGCGGUACCAACAACAGACGCUGCUCUGGAGAUGCCCGUAUCCUGUUGGGAGCAACCCUAAGGUUCAGCUUGUCACGUUUCUGUCACAGACCUCCUCACCAUGAGGGGGCGCUGUUCUAGAAAACUAGGCGUGCUAGCCAAAGCAGGGUUCUUUCUGUGGCUCCUGUGGCUUGGCUAUAUAGUGCUGGCACGUUCCACCUUCCCGUUCUCUUCAUCAACACGGGAGGAAGAUGAUAAGCACAAUGUUCUUGUGAGGCAGUUGCCUGAGGAGAAGAGUGGGAUUGAUGGACCACUGGCUAGAGCCCUCUAUAUAAAACCCCCACCAGACAGCAGUGCGCCUGGGGAGUGGGGGCGAGCCACUCGCCUCAACCUCAGCCCGGAAGAGAAGAAAUUAGAGGAAGAAAGUGUGGAGAGCUACGCUAUCAACAUUUUUGUCAGUGACAAGAUCUCUCUGCAUCGGCACAUCCAGGACAACAGGAUGGAAGAAUGCCGGAAUAAGAAGUUUGACUACCGACAUUUACCUACCACUUCAGUGAUCAUUGCCUUCUACAACGAGGCCUGGUCCACCCUGCUGAGGACCAUUCACAGCGUGCUGGAGACCACGCCUGCCAUCCUGUUGAAAGAGAUCAUCCUAAUUGAUGACUACAGUGACCGAGGAUACCUAAAGUCCCAGCUGGCAGAGUACAUCAGUAAUCUGCAACGCGUGCGGCUCAUUCGGACUAACAAAAGGGAGGGGCUGGUCCGAGCACGCCUCAUUGGUGCCACCUAUGCCACUGGUGAUGUUCUAACGUUUCUUGAUUGCCACUGUGAGUGUGUUCCUGGUUGGAUUGAACCUCUGCUUGAAAGAAUUGCUGAGAAUGCCAGUACCAUCGUGUGCCCUGUGAUUGAUACCAUCGAUUGGAACUCUUUUGAGUUUUACAUGCAAACUGGUGAACCAAUGAUAGGAGGGUUCGACUGGAGACUCACCUUUCAGUGGCACUCUGUCCCCGAAUCUGAGCGCAAGAGGCGCAAGUCCCGCACUGACCCCUUCAGGUCUCCCACAAUGGCAGGGGGAUUAUUUGCUGUGAGCAAAGUGUAUUUCGAGUACCUUGGCACAUAUGACAUGGGCAUGGAGGUGUGGGGAGGAGAAAACCUGGAGCUCUCUUUCAGGGUUUGGCAGUGUGGGGGCAGUCUGGAGAUUCAUCCCUGCUCUCAUGUGGGCCAUGUGUUCCCUAAAAAAGCCCCUUAUGCCCGGCCAAACUUCCUCCAGAACACUGUGCGAGCUGCAGAGGUUUGGAUGGACUCUUAUAAACAUCACUUCUACAACAGGAACCCUCCAGCCAAAAAGGAGAACUAUGGUGACAUCACUGAGCGGCUGCAGCUGAGGGAAAGGCUGAAAUGCAACAGUUUUGAUUGGUAUCUGAAGAAUAUAUACCCAGAACUUCAUGUUCCUGAAGACAGGGAAGGGUGGCAUGGUGCGAUCCGCAGCUCAGGAAUACAGUCAGAGUGCCUGGAUUACAAUGCACCAGAUCACAACCCCACAGGAGCCCAUCUUUCUUUGUUUGGCUGCCAUGGCCAAGGUGGAAACCAGUACUUUGAAUACACCUCUCAGAAGGAGAUCCGUUUCAACUCUGUGACAGAGCUGUGCGCUGAGGUCCUUGACGGCCAGACCAGCAUAAAUAUGAGGAACUGCCCUCGUGACUGGGAGCUAAAACCUCCUAGUAUCAUCUGGGACUUCAGAAAGGAUGGGACCAUCUACCAUCCUCACUCAGACAUGUGCGUGACGGCUUUCCGCACGACCGAGGGUCGCACAGACGCCCAGAUGAGUGGGUGCAGCCCGAACGAGAAGAAGCAACUGUGGAAGUUUGAGUGGUAGAAAGAGGAAUGUCAAACUAUAGCUGGACAUUUCAAGUGACCGUUUGAGACCACGGUGCUGUUCUGAAGCAGUCUGUACUGCACUCAAACCAAGUAGGUUUUGAAUAAGUCACUUUAGGCCAAUAAAUGACCCCACUGAGUGCUUUUAUACCUUUUAAAGUCUGUGCACAUCCCAGAUGAGGGGGCUUAUCAGCUCCACUUUAUAAACUUAGAUGUUUCUUUCAUCCAAGUGCCUCGUAAAAUAUAAUACAGCUCACCUUAAGUGCGAUUUAAAUUCUCCUACAAAAAAAAAGAGAGAAUACCUAUGAAGACGAUUCUUUAAAAACUCUUGCUGCACCAUAGAAUGUUGCUUUAAUGUGCAAUUCAUUUUAUUAUUAUUAUUUUUUAAUUAUCUUGUUUGUUUGUCAUAAAUUGUCAAAUCCUGGCUGCUACAAGAAGCAAAAUGCAAGCUGCAUUUUGCUCAUUUGGUUCCUAAAAUAUUAGGGGUGUAACGAUUCCUUCCAACGACUCAUAUCGUUAUUUGUGGUUGAUGAUAUGAUUCAUAGUCCAUAUGGGUUUAUUUUAAACUAUCCAAUUCACCGACCUUAAAUCGAUUGUUAGCCAAAACUUCAACCAGUGUGACUCGGAGAGAAAUACCUGGGUACUCUACAGUGCAGGUGAAGUCUUCUUAGUAUUUCUUCCAAGAUAUUAAGUGUAAAUUAAAUACGUGUACAAACAAACAAGUAAAAAAGAAUGAAUGGUAAAUCCAUUCACAUUUUAGUUUCCUAAAGUUCAGCCCACUGUUGUUUUUCCGCAUUAAAACAAUCCAAACGGAACAUUGUUCGAACAUUCUAGCACACUGUCUGGUCCCACAUUUUUGAUGAUUUUUUGCUGUCAUCACAUGUGUGUUAUCUGCUGUAAUGCUUGUUUUUACGUUAAAAUAAACCUAAUAAACCUCAAUCCAAAUGAUAUUUUCCAAUAUCGAUAUAAUCAAUUGAUUUUAUUUUGAAAGGAUCUUAUAAUGGUAUCGGUGGAUUUGAUUAGCAGACAGAUGGAUCUGGCUGGAUGGUGGGAAUAUAGUUCAAUUUAUCGUUACACCCCUAUAAAAUAUGGGCAGGCAGCACUAUGAUUACACUCCACUGCUUCCUAGUUCUGUCUUUUACCUGUGAAGCCAGUGUUAUUGUGGAAAACUACCUGGACAAGACUUGAAAAGAAAUGGGUAUUACCCUAAAGUUCUGAUAUGACUUUACAUUUAUAUUGUAAAUCGCCUAUUUAGAGUUGUGUAAAAAUUGAGCAGGACUUGUAGCUUCAUCGGUCACUCGAAAACAAAUGUGUGCCAAAAGCAAAAUGUGUCACUUUAUUUAAAUCUGUGUGGGAAAAAACUAGAAGAUCUACAAAAGGCCUCUAGAGAGACCAUCUGUGUGCCUUGUUUUUCAGCCCUGUUUGCUAAAUGCAUUCCACUAUUUAUGGGGGGACCAGGAAAUCAGACAUAAUACCUGGUAAAUAUCUGUUAAUUGGAUUUAUGAAAAUCAAAUGUUUAUGCUUGUUGAUGGAUUUGUACAAACACGCUUAUUCUGUGCUACUUUCUUAUAAAUAUUUGGUUUGGAGGACCAAAGAGGGGCUGUAAUAAUGUUAAAAAAAAACAUAUUUAAAAAUUACUGAUAAAUGCAAAUAGGGAACAUUGAUCAUUUGUUGUAAUGGUGGACUGCUUUGUUUCUAUGUUUCUAAAAAAAAAAUAAAGUGUUGAAAGCUGCUGGUAUGAUUGGGAAAAUAAUAAAUAAAAAAACUAACCACA